AUGGCGAACGGAUGCUCGUGGAAAGCCGUCGACAUCUUCUUCAAACACAUCGAUGGUCCCCCAUCCUUCAUACAUUCAGGAAAAUGUCACCUCAUCAGGCUGUCGAUUGAUACCGUGCACGAUGGAAUUCAGCCGAUCGCUUCCGAUGAUGUUGGAGCUAUUCAAGCCUUUCAGUUCUUGAUCGAUUGCCUGGGUGCUACCAGCGAAUCUCGUAUGGGAAUCAGCGUUGCCAGAAUAGUGAUGCCGUCGUCCAGUGGAUACAUCGUUCGAUCUGACAUCGUCCCACUUCGAAUGCUCGACUGUCCGCUGAUCACGACCGCUAAAAACUUCUCACAACCUUUGCAGUUUUUCGCUGGCAAUGCCGAUAUUCCAGCUAAUUUACAACAGCUUCUCGAAGUGAUAGCAUCAUCGGCCGGGGGCAUACUUCUGAAGAACACCCCUUCGGACGAUCUGGACAACCAAGAAUCUCGAAUCAAACUUCUCGAUAUUGAGCUCGAAAACAGAUUGUCUUUCCCGUGGCUUUCGGAAGACAAGCCAUCUCGACAAACCUUGGUCCUGGUAGAUGGUGGCAGCCUUAGUCCCGAUCAAGGAGGUUGCGGUGCUUCGCUAUUUGGAGCAGCUCAAGCGCUGGGAAUCAAUACGUGGUCGCACUGGCGUAAAGCAUUCAUACCUAUCGACUGUACUAUGCGCUGUGAGGUCCCAUUCGCACGUCGUAUCGUCAAGGGCAUUCUCGCAUAUGGCAGCCACGUGGACGGUAUCGUCACGUUUUGCGAUCGUUAUAAGGAGCCGGUCGCCGAGGCUGCUCUGGAGUUGGGCCUUCCCACUUACCCUCCUGAAGCGUACUCGCUUGCCCUCAACAAGUUCCAGCUGGGCCGCUUCGAAGGGCACCCAACGUGUCUCGUUCCUUCAACUGAUUUGGAGCACGCCGCUGCCAUCGUAGCAGAGCAUGGCCUUGAGUUCCCUUUGAUAGUCAAGCCUUGCACUGGCUUUCUUUCCGAGGGAGUCUUCAGAGUCGAGAAUACAGAACAGUUGAUGGCUGGCAUCAAGAAAGCCGUGGAAGUGGACCGCCAGGAUGCCAAUAUCGCAAUCGAAGCGUACUGCGGCGGACCAGAAGUCGAUGCAAAUUUCGUUCUCUGCGACGGCGAAGUAUUGUUCAUCGAAGCCUCAGACGAGUAUCCCAAGGGCGCCGAUGUUAACGCUCACGGGAACGUGGAGAACUUCAUUGAGUUGGCCAACGUUCUUCCUUCCAAGCUUCCAGCAGACGAACUAGCUGUCCUGCGAGAGUCGCUGCUGCAGAGCUUGCUUCGUCUUGGAUUCCGCGAUGGUUUCUAUCACCUUGAAGCGAGGGUGAACAACUCAACGAUGGAGUAUGUCAUGCGUGAUGGCAUACUGGACUUGGAAGAGCGCCCCGCCGGAAAUGACCACAAGCCAUCGGUGUGGCUGAUCGAGAUCAACCCUCGUCCUCCUGGUAUGCACACGUCUGAAGCCAGCAAACAUACAUACGGCGUGGAUUAUUGGGGACUCGGCCUGCUCUUCGCGCUCGAGGAUAAACAGCGAGCGAAGCAGCUCUCAUACCCGUUCGGUCGAGGCCCACAGUGCUUUUGUGAGAUGGUCUUCAUUCCCGUCGAGCACGGUGGUAACUUCCAGUCCGGAGAUGUAUGUGCUGAGCUUUUCGAAAGGCGUCCAGACUUGAAAGGGUUUGUAUCAUUCAGCUGUUGCUUCUGGAAGAAAGGGCAGAUCGUGCCAGACCCUAUACACACUGGCGUCAACUCGUGGGUUGCACAUUUUAAUGUCUUUUCGCGGGAGUCGCGAGCGCAGGUACUCGAGAUCGCCGAGACCGUAAGGCUUGAGCAAUUCCCUGGUCGUAUACUUCAGUAUGCAGAUGUGUAA